GUAGGUGCUCUGGACGCAGUGCUGGACUCCAACGCUCGAGUCGCCCCGUUUCGAAUCCUCCUUCAAGUUCCCGGCUCUCAGGUCUAUUCUCCCAUAGCAUGUGGUGAGUUACUGAAUGGAUCAGACGUUUACUGGGCCAUUGCCUCUGGUGCAACCUUAGAAGAAAUAAACCAGCACUGGGACUGGCUGGAACAAAAUCUCCUGCAUACUUUGUCUGUCUUUGAUAAUAAAGAAGAUAUUGCUAGUUUUGUGAAAGGGAAAGUGAAGGCUCUGAUUGCAGAGGAGACAAGCAGCAAACUUGCAGAGCAGGAAGAGGAGCCUGAGAAAUUCCGAGAAGCUUUGGUGAAGUUUGAGGCCAGGUUUAACUUCCCGGAGGCGGAGAAGCUCGUCACCUAUUACUCCUGCUGUUGCUGGAAGGGCAAAGUGCCCCGUCAAGGCUGGCUGUACCUCAGCAUCAACCACCUCUGCUUCUACUCCUUCUUCCUGGGCAAGGAACUUAAACUUGUAAUCCCUUGGGUUGAUAUACAGAAGUUGGAGAGGACUUCUAAUGUCUUUCUGACGGAUACCAUCCGAGUCACCACACAAAAUAAAGAACGGGACUUCUCCAUGUUCUUCAACCUUGAUGAGGUAUUCAAGAUAAUGGAGCAGCUGGCAGAUGUGACUCUCCGAAGACUGCUGGACAAUGAGGUCUUUGACCUUGAUCCAGAUCUGCAGGAGCCAAGCCAGAUCACCAAGAGGGAUCUUGAAGCCAGAGCACAGAAGGAGUUUUUCCGGGCUUUCUUCAGGUUGCCCAGGAAGGAGAAGCUUCACGGGGUCAUGGACUGCUCCUUGUGGACACCAUUUAAUCGCUGUCACACCCCAGGGCGGAUGUUCACCUCUGAUAGUUAUAUCUGCUUUGCUAGCCGAGAAGAUGGCUGUUGUAAUGUUAUCCUUCCACUUAGAGAGGUAGUGAGCAUUGAGAAGAUGGAAGACACCAGUCUGCUGCCUAACCCCAUCAUUGUCAGUAUCAGGAGCAAGAUGGCCUUCCAGUUCAUUGAGCUCAAGGAUAGAGAUAACUUGGUGGAGAGCCUGCUGGUGAGGCUGAAGCAGGUCCAUGCCAAUCACCCCGUGCAUUAUGACACCUCGAGGAAUGAAGACAUGACUUCACCUGUGUUUCAUUCACCAAACAUGUGCGGUGACCACAAAUUUGGAGAUCAUGAAAUGGUAUCUCUUCAAAAUAGUGAGGAGGGAAGUGAAAAAGAGAAGAGCCCGCCGCUGAACCCUGAGGCACUGAUCGCCAUCUUCCAGCAGUCGGGCGGCCAGAGCCCCGACUCCCUCGUGUCCAGAGAACAGAUAAAGAUAAGUCUGUGGAAUGACCACUUUGUGGAAUAUGGAAGAACUGUGUGCAUGUUCCGCACAGAGAAGAUUCGGAAGCUCGUAGCCAUGGGGAUCCCUGAAUCUUUACGGGGAAGGCUCUGGCUGCUUUUCUCUGAUGCCGUCACAGACCUGGCCUCUCAUGCUGGUUACUAUGGGAAUCUAGUGGAGGAAUCCAUGGGAAAGUGUUGCCUAGUGACCGAGGAGAUUGAGCGGGACCUGCACCGCUCCUUACCGGAGCACCCUGCCUUCCAGAACGAAAUGGGAAUCGCUGCUUUGAGGAGAGUUCUUACAGCCUAUGCCUACCGGAACCCGAAAAUUGGAUACUGCCAGUCCAUGAACAUCCUGACGUCUGUCCUGCUGCUGUACGCCAAGGAGGAGGAAGCAUUUUGGCUGCUGGUCGCUGUGUGUGAGCGGAUGCUGCCCGACUACUUCAACCACAGAGUGAUAGGGGCUCAAGUGGACCAGUCUGUUUUUGAAGAGCUCAUCAAGGAGCACCUCCCAGAGCUGGCGGAGCACAUGACCGACCUCACUGCCCUGGCGUCUGUUUCUCUUUCCUGGUUCCUGACCCUGUUCCUCAGCAUCAUGCCUUUAGAGAGCGCGGUGAACGUUGUCGACUGCUUCUUCUAUGACGGGAUCAAGGCCAUCUUCCAGCUGGGGCUGGCUGUGCUCGACGCCAACGCCGAGGACCUGUGCAACAGCAAGGACGACGGCCAGGCCUUGAUGAUCCUCAGCAGGUUUCUAGAUCACAUUAAAAAUGAGGAGAGUCCUGGGCCCGCAGUUGGCAGCUACCAUGCCUUCUUCUCUGAUGACCAGGAGCCCCCUCCUGUGACGGACAUUGCCGACCUGAUCCGGGACUCCUACGAGAAAUUCGGAGACCAGUCUGUGGAGCAGAUUGAGCACCUACGUUGCAAGCACAGGAUCAGGGUUCUCCAGGGCCAUGAGGACACCACAAAGCAGAACGUGCUCCGAGUUGUCAUCCCGGAAGUCUCCAUUAUUCCUGAAGACUUAGAGGAUCUCUACAACCUAUUUAAGAGAGAACACAUGAUGAGCUGCUACUGGGAGCAGCCUAGCCCUGUGCUUCAGCGCCACGACCCCAGCAGGCCCUACGCAGAGCAGUACCGCAUAGACCCUGAGCAGUUUGCAAACCUGUUUAAGCUUCUCUCCCCGUGGACCUGCGGCGCCCACACCGAGAUCCUCGCACAAAGGACUUUCCGACUGCUGGAUGAGAACAUGGACCAUCUCAUCGAAUUCAAAGGCUUUGUCAGCUGCCUGGAUGUUAUGUAUAAUGGAGAAAUGAACGAAAAAAUUAAGCUGCUGUAUAGGCUUCAUAUCCCUCCAGCACUCACUGAAAAUGACCAGGACUGUCAGUCACCGCUCAAGAAUCCUCUACUCUCCACCUCAAGACCCCUGGUUUUCGGGAAAUCGAAUGGAGAUGCAGCUGAUUAUCAGAAACAGCUGAAGCAGAUGAUUAAGGAUUUAGCCAAAGAAAAAGAUAAAACUGAAAAAGAGUUGCCAAAAAUGAGCCAGAGAGAAUUUAUCCAGUUCUGUAAAACCCUGUACAGUAUGUUCCACGAAGAUCCAGAAGAAAACAGUUUGUAUCAAGCCAUCGCCAUGGUGACCACCCUCCUGCUGCAGAUUGGGGAGGUGGGCCAGCGCAGCAGCAGCUCUGGAAGCUGCUCCCAGGACGGUGGGGAGGACCUGCGGGCGGCGGCCUCCUCGCCAGACCAGGACUCGGUGUUUGCCGAAGCUGAGACUGUACCCCAGGACUCCCAAGGGUUUCCUGACGCAGGAAGAGACGGGGAUUGGACUGUCUCUCUUGAGCACAUUUUAGCAUCACUUCUGACUGAACAGUCUUUAGUGAACUUCUUUGAAAAGCCACUAGAAAUUAAAUCCAAGCUUGAAAAUGCUAAGAUCAAUCAGUACAGGCUGAAAAACCUUGAAAUGAGCCGCCAGUCUCAGCCUGAACUCAAGCUGAACAACUUGUAG